GAAUCGCAAUGGGCCUCUCCACAGCGCUGGCCAUUGUCCUGUCGCUCUUCUUCACGGCGGUCACCGGCGUGCUGCUCUGGCUGCUCAAGCGACGUCGCCAGCAGAGCCUUUUCCUCAGGCACGGCAUUCCCGGGCCGCCGCCCCACAUCAUCUGGGGGAACUGGCAGCAACUGAAGGAACACAGGCUUCAGGUGUUCGAGAACUGGAUACAAAAGUACGGCAAGGUGUUCGGCUACUACCAGGGAGAGAUACCCUUCAUCGUGCUCACGGACGUUGACAUGAUAAGAGACUGUUUCAUCAAGGAAACAAACACGUUCCACGACAGACCGACCCUCGUUCUCAACGUGGAGCCGUACAUCAGCAGCCUGUUGGGUGUCGAAGGCGCAGAGUGGAAGAAAACGAGGCGCGUUCUCAACCCGAUUUUCACGGCGGCCAAGAUUAAGAUGAUGUCCCAAAUUAUGGCCGGGUGCUCCGAAGAAAUGCUGGGGAUCGUUGGCAGAAAAUUUGACGGAGGAGAAGCGGUGGACAUGCUACAGAUUGCUCAAGGACUUUCGCUGGAUGUCAUCUCCAAGUGCGCCCUAGCUUGGAAGGUGAACUGCCAGACCAACACCACGGAUCCACUCCUGAGGGCUAUGCACAGCGUUGUUGAUGAUGCAGAAAAUACGCUCAUCCAGUACGCGAUCGCGCUCCCUAUUCUUCGCAAGAUUGCCGAAUGGAUCUAUCCUUACGCGAGUUAUUACAAGAUAACGACUAAGAUACUGGACAACGUACGCGAGGUCAUUGAGUACCGGCGAAGCGGAAAGGGCUCCAGGACUACGGACAUGCUCCAGUUGAUGCUCGACGCCCAAGCUGGCAAGGAGGCCAAGGCGACAACUUCAAGCAAAGGAGACAUGCUAAUAGAAGACCGCCACCUUCUGUCGAACAGCUUCCUCUUUCUAGCAGCUGGUUUUGAUACGACGGCUCUGACUCUAGCCUUCGGCGCCUUCUUACUUGCCAAAUACCCGGAAGAACAGGAGCGCGUUUUCAACGAAAUAGUCAGCGUUUUUUCAGAGCCUGACAUGGAGCUCACAUAUGAUGGAAUUCAGAAGCUGAAGCGGCUGGACAUGUUGAUCGCCGAGACCAUGCGCCUCUACCCUCCCGUGGUAUUGUUUGUCAGUCGAUGCUGCAGGCAAGAUACGACCAUUAUGGGACAGUUUAUUCCUGCAGGAGUCAACGUCCUGGUGCCCACGUGGCACGUCCACCAUGACCCUAACCUGUGGCCGGACCCUUACAGGUUUGACCCCGAGAGGUUCGCGAACGGUCGGAAUACGCACCACCCCGCGGCUUACUUGCCCUUCGGGCUGGGACCCAGAGGGUGUAUCGGGAAAAGGUUCGCUUUACUGGAAAUCAAGAUGGCCAUGUGUAAGAUUAUUAGAAAGUACACAUUUAUACCAUGCGACGGUACUCCGGAGGAUGUGGAGUUAGUUGUAAAUAACAUAAUGAUUAAUCCUAAAGGAGGGCUUAAGGUCAGAUUACAACGACGCUAGGGUGGGGAAGGUCGCAAAGAAAGUUUCUAAGUACACAUGCGUACACAGACGCACAACUGGGUACAUGCUCUAAGUGUUUUACUCAUUGGACUCGGUCUACCCCCUCACAUAUAAACGUGCGCGGAUACAAACAACUCUUAACGGGCGGAAAAUAACGGAAAACCAAAACGCUUGGGCCGAGAUCUUUUUUUAGAAACUUUGUGGGCAAGUACAAAGAACUAAAUGUUUAGCGUUUCACUUCCAGUUUGAAUCCGCUUUACAAUCAAUAUUCUGCAGUUUAUUAACGACCAUCAUAGGGCCCAUGUAAUCUGGUAAUUUUUAAUCGGGAUCCAUUGAGCAAUUGUAAAAAUCAGAUUAUUUUAUUUAUAAAAUAAAGCGAAGCAAAUUGAUUAAAACGGACGCUCUGUAUACCUCGACUUGUCUAUAAUUUUAUAGGUAUUCGCGAUUAUUCUGACAGGAUGACGCUCCAGUCAAGCACAAGCGAGGGAACCUUGACCUGGCAAUUAUUUGUUUUAAUGCCAACUCACCUAGAGUAUUGAGCAACCUCCAAAUAAAUUGCCGAAUAUUCUUUC